GCCGCAUUCUCCGCACGUAUCUUUUCGGAAUAGCCUUCAAGUAUCGAAAUAAUUUCGUUUCAUAAAUUUGACUGACGACGUCUUUAAACUUUCGGGUUGUGGUCUAGCCCACGUGAUAUUGUGCUAUGUCCCGCAGUAUGGCCCCGUCUGAGGUCACUCAUCACCCGUCACAUUAGUCCUGAGUGAAGUGUGUAAUUAUGUAUGUAAGUGAAGGCAGAGCGAGCCGCGUGAUUGUGUCGACCCUCAUCGUGCGAGCGCCCUUUGUGUCCCGCAGAUAAGUUGCCCAACUGACAGGAUCCAGGGGACUUCAUAUUUUGAUAUGAUUAACAUUUUGAACAUUGGAUCUGUUCAAGGAUUUUAAUGACGCCCCCUGUCGCGUGAUGGCGCAUGGAGUGGUCGUGGCGGGCGUGGUGCGCGCUCGUCCUCGCCGCGCUGCACCUCGCCGCCGCCGGUCCUCGCUACAGCUCGCGAAUCGUGCACACGCAGCCUGGAGCCAUCCGUGGUAUCAUAGUAGAGCCAGCGUCGCGGCGACUGGAGCCUGUGGAGGUGUUCCGGGGGGUGCCUUACGCCGCACUGCCGCCUCGUUUGCGCGCUCCUCUACCGCCUACCCCUUGGCCCGGCACGCGCCUCGCCGACACCUUUGCGCCCGUCUGUCCACAGCGCAUUCCAGAUAUAGCCAACAAGACUGCAGCGUUGUCGAGAAUGCCGCUGGGUGUGUACAACGAGCUGGUGGCAUUAAAACCACUGCUCGUCAACCAGAGCGAAGAUUGUCUCUACCUCAACAUCUAUGUACCCGGUAGCGGGUCCCGUGGCGUCGAGGCGCCCUAUGCAGUUGCAGUUUGGGCGGGCGCCGGCCCGGAAGGUGGAUCGGGCAACGCUCUAGAUGGAGCAGUUUUGGCAGCUCGGGCACACCUGCUAGUCGUCACACUCAACUAUAGAAUAGGAUUACUUGGUUACUUAACGACGGGUGAAGAUGAUGAGGCUUCACUAUCGGGGGGCGCUGCAGUGUUAGACGUAGUAGCGGCGUUAUCAUGGAUACGAACAAACAUCGCUGCCUUUGGCGGGGAUCCGCGCCGUGUCACACUUCUGGGACACGCCACUGCCGCAGCAUUAGUCAAUACUGUCGUCAUGCUGCCCAGCAUAAAAGGUCUCGUAUCUCGCAUCGUGCUGCUAAGCGGGUCGGCACUAAGUCCAACAGCAUUAUCUCCGGACCCCGCGUUAGCGCGCGAGCACGCCGCGCAAGCUUUGCGCUGCACUAGAGACACGCACCCUGGAGAACAUUGGUUAGUAUCGUGUGUCUCGAACCGUCCUCUGGCAGCGCUAGUUGCCGUAGAGGCGCCCCGGGCACGUUUUCUUGCGGGAUGGGGUCCUGGUGUACCCCGCUCACAAGACUUGCCCAAUCCGUCACCAAGUCGCGCGUUGCACGCCAGCGACACCUUUUUAGAUUGCGCCCUCGCUGUUAUCGUUACUACGACUGAGAGCUAUCACUUUUUCAGCGAGGAUGAUAUACGUCACGGCUUUGAAGAAGAGUACAGAAACCGGGUGUUGCGUACAUACGUUAGAAACGUGUACCGAUUUCACCGCAACGAAAUUUUUGCGGCUGUUCGCAAUGAGUACACAGACUGGGAAAAGCCAAUACAGCAUCCAAUAAAUAUUCGCGAUGCUACUUUGGAGGCGCUCAGUGAUGGGGCUGGUGCUGCGCCCGCCUUACGAGUCGCCCAAUUGCAUGCACGACGCGGGGCGCCUACGUACCUUGCCCACUUUGCACAUCACUCACGUGACGCAGAUUAUCCGCAGCGGCUGGGCAGUGUACCCAGUGAGACUUUGCCAUACUUCCUCGGAUUACCGCUUGUGGGUGGGCCACGAAACUACUCCCGCGGAGAUGUGACCGUAGCGGAAGCCUGUGUAGCGCUUCUCGCCGCCUUCGCCAAGACAGGAGACCCUAGUCCCAAGCCGGAUGACCACCAGGAGACCGCUCUUUCCUGGCCCCGUUAUGAACUGAACACGCAACAAUACUUAAGUAUAGGAACAAAGAUGCGUGUACGCAGCCACUACCGCGGUCAUAAGCUGUCUCUGUGGCUGCACUUGAUACCGCAGUUGCAUCGAGCUGGAGCGGCACCAGCGCACCACCAAUUUCGGGAUCUUCACCCUGACAUGUUUGCCGGUGACAUAUUCCCUGAGAUGUACACAACAACAACCUCACUGGACGAAGAAGAGGAGAGCGAGGCUGAAGACAGCCUAGAAGCAGAAGAAUGUUCCCCUCCUCCCUCUGCACGUCCAGCUCUUGCCGCACUACCGCCUCCCAGACCUUCCCCUAAAGAGGACUCCCUUACUUUGGACUCGCAAUACUACAGCUAUACGGUGGCGCUGGGCGUCACUGUGGGCGCAGGAUGUUUUCUGUUGGCGCUGAACUUAAUUGUAUUCGCUGGUAUUUAUCUGCAGCGCGGCAAGCGGCGCGCUCGUUCAAGACCCCGACGUGAAGGCAGCGGGGCAGGCCGAGGAACCGCACUUACGGAGGCACUCACGUCGCCCCGGAAAAGCACGCUUAAGCGCAGCAGCGACUUAGAGUUGGUAGAAAGACCGGCCUCCGCCGUCCCGCCUCCCAAGAAACGCGUGCAGAUACAAGAGAUCUCUGUAUAGACGAUUUCUGAACAAAUAUCAGUGCAAAUACUUUUCUGUUGCUGUGAGUGUGUAAAGUGUAACAAUUUCUAGUGAGUUAUUAGAAAAAUCUAAGUAUGCACUCCCCAUAUAUAAUGAUUCGUAAUAUCGGUAUAAAGUUGUGAAAACGUAUGUAGUAAGUGGAUUAUAUAAAGUUUUAAAUUAAGUAGCCCAAAUGAUACACUAUCUCAAUGACCUCUGUAGAACUAAUGCGAAUUAUGAAUGUACAGCUUAGUGAUAAUGUUCUUCGACUUUGGUUAAUUUAACCAUGGUAUAUUGAUCUUAUUAUCCUUAAGGUCUCAGAUUUAAAUAAGCGAUGUUUAAAACCCAUACUCCUUUUAAUGCCGUCGUGUUUUUUCCGUAAUUAUAUUUGCGUUGAGAUAACUCAUGAUUUUACGAUGUGAAAAAUAUCAUAGCAGAUAUUACUUACUCCCUCAAUAUCUACAUCUCUACUACCCAAAAAAUCUAUUAGCCUCCGAAACGAGGAACUUCCAGCGCUCCUUGUCAUGUGCCACCUAGCAAUUGCUACCUUUCAGCUGCAGCAGGUCUUCCACGGCUCUGUCGAUCCAGCGGCACCUAGGCCAUCCUACUGGCCUUCGACCACUAGGUCGACUCAAAUAAGCUUUUUUAACCGCCUGAU